AUUCUCUCUCCUUUCCUUAUUUUCAUAUAUCCUUACCUAGCUUUGUAUUUCAAUUCUUCUUUAUCUAAUAUAUCUGAAUAAUGUCAAGUACUUCUUUAUUCAAAUGGAUGGGCAUUGGUACAACAGCAAAACCACCAAACGAAGUAAAUCAAAAUGAAGAAGGGGAACGUUAUUUUGGUCUAGAAAAUUUUGGAAAUACAUGCUAUUGCAACUCUGUUUUACAAGCUUUAUAUUACUGCAAACCUUUUCGUGAAUGCCUGACCAACUUUCCUCAUGCUGCUCCCACUAUAUUAUCUUCAAAUAGUUAUCACAAUGGCAUCACUUCUGGUACGCCUUCUCCUUCUUCACCAGGAUAUAAAACACACCGAAUACCUACAGACUCGUCAUCACCAACCAAUAUUCGAACCAAUGUUCCAUCUUCGUAUAAUACUUCCAUGUCAACUAAGAUUGCACCUCGUAAUGGAAUACUACCUGAAAGACAAACUGGUGUCAAUUUAUCCCCUGGUAUGGAAGAUACUCUAUUUGCAGCUUUGAAAGAUCUAUUUUGGGAAAUAUCAACUCAUAGAAAGAAAACUGGUGUCGUUGCUCCUGUAAAUUUUAUUAACAAACUAAAGAAAGAAAAUGAACUUUUUCGAUCAAGUAUGCAUCAAGAUGCUCAUGAAUUCUUGAAUUAUUUAUUGAAUACCAUUGCAGAAGAUGUGGAAAAAUAUCAAAAGAAAAUCAUCGAUCAAAAUGGAAGUGGACUAGAUCAACGUUCUGAUUAUAAUGGUGGCCAAGAAAGCAUUCAUACGUCUAGUAGUGAUGGAACAGAUACAAAUACUGACUCGGAUACCUCCUCUUCAAAAUCUCCAUCGACUUGGGUACAUCAGCUAUUUGAAGGUAUCUUCUCGAAUGAAACGAAAUGUUUGACUUGUGAAACGGUGACAAGUCGCGAUGAAUCAUUUAUGGACUUAUCAAUCGAUGUUGAAAUGAACUCAUCUGUUACUUCCUGUUUACGACAAUUCUCUGCUAGUGAAACUCUUUGUCAUAAGAAUAAAUAUUUUUGUGAUGAAUGCUCUGGACUUCAAGAAGCUGAACGAAGAAUGAAAAUCAAAAAACUUCCAAAUAUACUGGCUCUUCAUUUGAAACGAUUCAAAUAUCAGGAACAACUCCAAAAAUAUGUCAAGCUUACUUAUCGAGUAGUAUUUCCUUUUGAGCUUAGACUAUUCAAUACGUGUGAUGAUACUGAAGAUGCUGAUCGAUUAUAUGAAUUGUGGGCUUGUGUUAUUCAUAUCGGAAGUGGACCUCAUCAUGGACAUUAUGUGACAAUUAUCAAAAGCAAUGGACAAUGGAUGUUAUUUGACGAUGAUGAAGUGACGAAUAUCCAAGAAGAAGAUAUCCAAAAAUACUUUAGUGACUUACCUGGUAGUGGAUCUGGAUAUGUUUUGUUUUAUCAAGCAGUGAACCUUACUAUGGAUUCAAUCCAAUUAUCGAAUGGAUUAGAUAAUAACAACAACAAUAAUAGAGAAAAUGGUAUAUAUCGCCCACAUAUCAAUGGUAAUGUAUCAUUACCCAUGGUAUCAUCUUUACCAACUUCAUUACCAUCACCUACCAUCAAUCAUUCAACACCUGUGGCGACAGAUUCAACAGAUCAUUCUUACUACCAAUCCAUAACAAAGAGAACGGAAGCAGUACCGAUACCAACAGCACGAAAUCUAGACUCUAGUUUAUCCAAUGAUAUUUUGACCAAUAACAAUACAUUACAACCAUCAACACCAACUCGAACUAGGACUUGGGGAUUAGGAAGAAAGAUCAGAGAAAAAAAAGAUAAACGUUAGAUUCAUCUUUUUUUUUUUUAGUAGUAUAUUUAUUUGUUUUUUAUUCUUUCAUCCAUUUUAAUUCAUUUUCUUCAUGUAAAUCUCAAUAAAAAACCGUCCUUAUUAUCACUAUUA